AGCCGAGCUGGGGGCGGGGCUUGUCCGGUAUGGCUGAUGCAGUCUUAGCGGGCGCAGAGGGAGUUCUAUUAGAUAUUAGUGGGGUGCUUUACGACAGCGGAGGCGACGGAGGCGGAGUCCCCAUUCCUGGAUCUAGAGAAGCUGUAAGAAAGAUCAAGGCAUCUGGUCUAAAGCUGCAGUUUUGCACUAAUGAAACUCAAGCUACGAGGGACAAAUUUGUAAAAAAGUUGCAGCAUUUGGGGUUUGACAUUGCGGUAAAUGAAGUCACUGCUCCAGCACCUGCAGUAUGUCGAAUUCUGAAGGAGCGCAAACUGAGACCUCAUCUUCUUGUGCAUGAUGAUCUCAUUCCUGAAUUUGCCGAUAUCGAUAAAACAAAUCCUAACUGUGUAGUAAUUGGGGAUGCAGCAGACAACUUUUCUUACAAAAAUCUGAAUGAUGCUUUCCAAAUUCUCAUAAGCCUGGAAAAUCCAGUUCUGCUGUCUUUGGGAAGAGGACGCUAUUAUAAAGAAACAGAUGGACUAAAACUUGAUGUUGGAGCAUAUAUGAAAGCACUGGAGUAUGCCUGUGAUAUUCAAGCUGAGGUGGUGGGAAAACCGGCCAAAAUGUUUUUCCGAUCAGCUUUGACAGAAAUGGGCAUUGAACCUCACCAGGCCAUCAUGAUUGGAGACGAUAUUGUAAACGAUGUAGGAGGAGCCCAGCAAUGUGGAAUGAGAGCUGUACAAGUACGGACAGGAAAAUACAGACCUUGUGAUGAGCAACAUCCAGAAGUCAAAGCUGACCUUUAUGUGAACAAUCUGGCAGAAGCUGUUGAUAUAAUUCUCAAGUAUUUUCAUAAAUAAAAAUGCUGCAGGGGUCCACUUAAGGCAGAUGUUAAUGUAAGACCUUCGGUGUAGCUGCACAUUUCUAGCAAUGUUCAAACCUUCCUCCAUUGUUUAUGGACUAAUUGGGAAGCAACUUACUAGUUUAAUUUGCCAUUGUAUCCAGCUAAAGUGAUAUAUUAACCACAA